GUUCCGCAAGAAACACAACUAUCAUAGUCUAGUAUUCGUUUAAGGAGCCGACAGCGAGCACAAAAAAAAACGUCUAUUUUUCAAGGAGUUCACUCUUAAAGAUUAUAGAUCGCCGCAUCACUUAAGACUGGGCAAAAUGGAGACUGUAAACUGGAUGUAUCUGUUUGAUCCAGAGGGAAUGCUCAAACUUCUAGAACUGGCCCUUCUGUCCGCCGCAAUAGCCUGUGCAGCUCAGUACCACAAAGACGACGGCCUGUCAAACCUGUCUGAGUGGGAGUUUGAACGGGCAUCCCCGUUUUAUGUGGUGUUCGUUGUCGGACUUGCGGUCGUGUUUGUCGUGUUUGUCAGCUUUUUGUUUAACUUGAAUAAGAGGUGUGGAUCACCCAAGGGAUGGGCUCUGUUUGUAAGUAUAUCAGUGCUACUUUUUAUCUCAAUCUGCAAAGCAGAACACAAACUUUACUUUGUAGCGAUAUGCUCUACAUACAGUACGUUUUAACACUGUUCUGCCAUUAUCUCUUAAAAGUUAGCAUCGUCUGGUGUAGCUUUGAAUGCGCAGCACAAGGUUCCAUAGUUAAUUUUAAGAAUUAGAAAGAUGGUCGGGUCAAAAGAUGG